UGUUCACAGGUAACAAUGUUUACCACCGUGAAUGGAACUUGUUUGAUUAACCCUGAUCAGAGGAUGAAACCACUAAAGAACCAAGUGAGAAAGAGGGAAGAGAACCGCAUAGGGAAGAGCAGAGCGAGCAGACGAGCCGAACGCAGAGCCCGCGAGGGGCGAGUGGAAGCUCCCUGCGGGCAGGUACCCGGCCUCCGCCCCGCCCUGGGCGUGGCGGCCUCGGGCUCAGGGACCGCUGGAAGCUGCGAGACGCCCCCACGCGGGGUGCGCUUCGGCGCUAGACGGCCGCGUCCGGGGGAAACGGGCGCUGGUGAAAGCCUAGGUGUCCUGCUCCACGCGCGCAGCCGGACGUCGGGAUCAGCUCAGCUACUAUUUAAUAAAACAAAAUCUGUAGAAUUCACGUUUUGUAAUGACACUGUCGUCAUUCCAUGCUUUGUUACUAAUAUGGAGGCACAAAACACUACUGAAGUAUACGUAAAGUGGAAAUUUAAAGGAAGAGAUAUUUACACCUUUGAUGGAGCUCUAAACAAGUCCACUGUCCCCACUGACUUUAGUAGUGCAAAAAUUGAAGUCUCACAAUUACUAAAAGGAGAUGCCUCUUUGAAGAUGGAUAAGAGUGAUGCUGUCUCACAUACAGGAAACUACACUUGUGAAGUAACAGAAUUAACCAGAGAAGGUGAAACGAUCAUCGAGCUAAAAUAUCGUGUUGUUUCAUGGUUUUCUCCAAAUGAAAAUAUUCUCAUUGUUAUUUUCCCAAUUUUUGCUAUACUCCUGUUCUGGGGACAGUUUGGUAUUAAAACACUUAAAUAUAGAUCCGGUGGUAUGGAUGAGAAAACAAUUGCUUUACUUGUUGCUGGACUAAUGGUCACUGUCAUUGUCAUUGUUGGAGCCAUUCUUUUCGUCCCAGGUGAAUAUUCAUUAAAGAAUGCUACUGGCCUUGGUUUAAUUGUGACUUCUACAGGGAUAUUAAUAUUACUUCACUACUAUGUGUUUAGUACAGCGAUUGGAUUAACCUCCUUCGUCAUUGCCAUAUUGGUUAUUCAGGUGAUAGCCUAUAUCCUCGCUGUGGUUGGACUGAGUCUCUGUAUUGCGGCGUGUAUACCAAUGCAUGGCCCUCUUCUGAUUUCAGGUUUGAGUAUCUUAGCUCUAGCACAAUUACUUGGACUAGUUUAUAUGAAAUUUGUGGCUUCCAAUCAGAAGACUAUACAACCUCCUAGGAAAGCUGUAGAGGAACCCCUUAAUGCAUUCAAAGAAUCAAAAGGAAUGAUGAAUGAUGAAUAACUGAAGUGAAGUGAUGGACUCCGAUUUGGAGAGUAGUAAGACGUGAAAGGAAUACACUUGUGUUUAAGCACCAUGGCCUUGAUGAUUCACUGUUGGGGAGAAGAAACAAGAAAAGUAACUGGUUGUCACCUAUGAGACCCUUACGUGAUUGUUAGUUAAGUUUUUAUUCAAAGCAGCUGUAAUUUAGUUAAUAAAAUAAUUAUGAUCUA